AUGGCCACCGUCGCUGUGAAUAUUCUCUUAGGAAAGAUCAGUCGUCCACAGUCCAGUAACGACUCCAGUGGAGCACGAUACGAGUCUGUGUGGGCUUGCAUUCUGCUGCAAGAUGGACUGGAAGGUUACAGCUACGAGGGUUUCAACGGUCUUAUGAUGUCUGAGGUCAAUGCAAAGCUUCGCAAGAAGGCACCCGGAGAAACUCUGACAUUCUUCUCACCGCUGGGCAGGUACAUGUCACUUCACAAGCUCUUGUACCCACGGAUCUCACCAGGGUCUUCAUUGUACAUCCCGCCACCUACGAUCCUAAUGACCAACGCGUCCGCUCGACCCCAAGCCAAGCGCCCCAUCUGGGUGGACUUCACCGUCUACAGCCGGCCUCCACCGAAGAACACCUUGACAGGAAUCGAAAUCCCACGGCAACUCAAGCGCCUCGACUCACUGCUGGCCAACGGCCCCGACGGACACAACACCCUCCACCUCGCGGAGAUUCCAUCGACCGCACCGGACUUGACCAGCAUCCUUGCCGUCACAAAGGAAACUUACGCCUACAUGGCCGAGCUUACGAUACUUGUCUUGACCCUCAACCCGCUGAGCGGACCAUUGCAAUAUUUUCUCACGCGCCGUGGGAAAGUGAGAGACCCGGCCGUCCUUCGGAAGAACUACCUCGAUUUCCUGAGUGCCCUGUCGCGGGACCUGGUAUUCCAGUGGGACGGUGAGGAAGACUCUGACCCCACCAUCUGGUCUAGUCACCAGGAUCUCCGGUCCAUGACGCUGCCGGAGUUCCUCCAACCGCUUAUCAAGAAGUACAUGAAAGCAAUUGACAGGAGGAGGCUGUGA